ACCACCACAAAAAAAUACGUCGGGGCAAUUCAAAUGAGAGAGAUUAUCUCGAUUCACGUUGGUCAAGCUGGUACUCAGAUCGGUAAUGCUUGCUGGGAGCUUUACUGUCUCGAACAUGGUAUCCAACCCGAUGGAUACAUGAGCCCUGAAGCCAUGGAGGGAAAGCGUGAUAAUGGUUUCUCCACCUUUUUCUCUGAGACCGGUCAAGGAAAGUAUGUUCCUCGUAGUAUUUACGUUGAUUUGGAGCCCAACGUCAUUGAUCAAGUCCGUACUGGUACGUACCGUAACUUGUUCCAUCCUGAGCAACUCAUUACCGGUAAGGAGGAUGCUUCGAACAACUAUGCUCGUGGUCACUACACGGUUGGUAAGGAGCUGGUGGAUGAUGUUGUUGAGCGUAUUCGUCGUAUUGCCGACAACUGUUCCGGUCUCCAAGGUUUCCUUGUCUUCCACUCGUUCGGCGGUGGCACUGGUUCCGGUUUUGGUGCUUUGCUGCUCGAACGUUUGGCUAUGGAUUACACUAAGAAGUCCAAGCUUCAAUUUUCCGUAUACCCUGCUCCUCAAGUGAGUACCUCGGUUGUCGAGCCCUACAACUCCGUUUUGACGACACACGCUACGCUUGAUUUGGCCGACUGCACGUUUAUGGUUGACAACGAAUCCUGUUACGAUAUUUGCCGCCGUAAUUUGGACAUUGAACGUCCUUCCUAUGAAAACCUGAACCGUUUAAUUGCCCAAGUUGUUUCUUCCAUCACUGCCUCUCUUCGUUUCGAGGGCAGCUUGAACGUCGAUCUGGCCGAGUUCCAAACGAAUCUUGUGCCUUAUCCCCGUAUCCAUUUCCCACUCGUCACAUACGCGCCCAUUGUCAGUGCUGCUAAGGCUUUCCACGAGUCCAAUUCCGUGCAAGAGAUUACGAACCAUUGUUUUGAACCCUAUAAUCAAAUGGUCAAGUGUGACCCUCGCGCCGGUCGCUACAUGGCUACGUGUUUGUUGUACCGUGGUGAUGUGAUCCCUCGUGAUGUCCAGGCUGCCGUUGCUACGAUUAAGGCCAAGCGUACUAUCCAAUUUGUCGAUUGGUGUCCCACUGGUUUCAAGAUUGGUAUCUGUGACCGCCCCCCUCAACACGUUGCCAACAGUGAAAUUGCAAAGGUUGACCGCGCCGUUUGUAUGCUUUCCAACACGACUGCCAUUGCUGAGGCCUGGUCUCGCCUGGACCACAAGUUUGAUCUUAUGUACAGCAAGCGUGCCUUUGUCCACUGGUAUGUCGGUGAAGGUAUGGAAGAAGGCGAGUUCUCCGAAGCCCGUGAAGAUCUGGCUGCUUUGGAGCGUGAUUACGAAGAAGUUGGUCAAGAUUCUAUGGACGCUGAUUAUAUGGAAGAGGAGUACUAGGCGUCGUGCUUAUUCUUUGCAUUGUAGAGCAAGUCGCUUUUCGUGCGUCUCACGCCUAUCGAGACGGUGAUGAAUGAUCAAAUCACUUCGACCUGUCGUGAACACGCACCUUGGAAAAAAUUGGUGAAUGUGAGAGUAUCUGCUCGUACGCCGCCUUGACGCAUGCACUACAAACAUACCCAUACACACACGUACACGUAUACACCGCCGCCCCUGCGAUCAAAGUUUAAUUCAUAUGUCGAUAUACCAACCAGCAGCACUACUGAUACCUGACGAUUUGUUCGCUCCCACUCAUCGCCUUUAGCGCCUAUUCAAAGAGCAGACAUCCUUUUCUAUCGUGCUUGCUCCUUUACGAACAUAUAUACCCACUCACCAUUUCUGUUUUGCCGAUAUAAAUAUUUUUUGAUCAUUACGAAUUACAAGUACUGUGAGAGUGUUCC